GGAACACAAGUUCGUGAUGACAAAAAAUUCCUUGAUUACCUCAGUGCUUGCCGCUCUUGUUGUCUUUCAGUCCAACCUUGUUGGUGAGUUUAAGUGCCUUUCUUUCCCCAAGUUGCUCAAACCAUGCUCCACAUAUGAAAGAGCCGAUUACAAAAGCGAAUGAACUAGUUCAAGAUUCAAUUUCGUUUUGAAAUGUACUUGAAAUCUACUUUGUGUAUUCAAAUUUUUUACAAUUCAGUUUGACAAAUCAUUAUUCUCGAGCAAUAGACGAAAAUAAUUUGUUUGAGAUGGCUUUAAAUUGUUUUCUUCCUUAACUGGGACUUACUUCAAAGAGAAAACUCCCUCGUCACUCAGGUCUUGAGCCUCAGACGAGGAUAAAAAUUAGUUUUUUCAUCCGAUUUUAGCUGGAGAGACCGAAUCAGAAGAAACUAUCACCCUGAGGGCCAGAAACCCAGGCACUAUUUCAUUAACCAAUGAUCAAAUGCGGCAAAUGUUGCAAAAAGCAGAUUUUGAACGCCAUGGUUUCCAAAAGGAAGAAUCGCGCACUCUGCUUUCAGCAGGAAAAUUUCCGGCAAACUCAUCAGCUUAUAUGACCAACAUCUUCUACUACAAGGAGGUGAACUGCUCCCAAGCACAAGUGAUGCAGGUUUUAAUGGAGGCAGAGAAACUACUUCCAGGUAAAGAAUGAUUUCAGUAUUUCAAUGAUAAUUUGAGAAAUAGUGCAUUUCUGUAAGACGGUAAAAAAAUUCAAGGUUGACUCAAGAACUAAGAAAAUUGCUCUUAUCCAUCCAUUUUUGGGUAAGAGCAAACCUGGUCAAAUAAGGAAAAGAGAGGGAAAACGCUCAUCAUAAAAAUAGAUAGAGAGAAACAAAAAAAGUAGGAAUAACAUAUUUUAAAAUGGAACAGAGAAUAAUGUCAUAAAGUUGAUGAAAAUUCAUGAACUUUAAGUUUAUAAUUAUUUCCUCCAGAGCAAGAUCUAAUAAUGUUUGUGAAAUAACACGUGUAGCGUUAAAAAUUGCUGUACAUUGAAGCUUAUGUUUUUCUUAUUUGUUAUUCUUAAGGUACCAUGAAGCCAUCAGGGAACUCCCGGGCAAAAGUGGUGAAAGAGAUGAGAGUCCUUUCAGGCGGCGAUCCCAUGGCCAUGUGCAAAGCUGGGGUGGAGAUCCAUUUUAAACAGAAACCUCGUCAGAAUUCCAAAACCAUGGCCGCUCUUCGUCGCUUCAAGCGAGAUGCGAUAAUUAUCAUCGCUUCAUCGUGCGAUGUCCUUAUUAUAGUAGUGAAAGAAUAAUAAAAAAAACCAUUUUCACUUUAAGAAACGUUAUUUGCUCUCUUAACAGGCUUGAAGGCGGGGGUUUCGGUGAUUUUGUCUACAGGACUCACUGAGUUAGUA